CAAGAUUACUUUUGCUCAUCAUACUCGUACCCUGCAAUCUUAAGCGAUCAGCUAGCAGGAGAUUCUCUGUAUGUUGGCAUGUUUUUUUUUUACUUUCGAGAUGAUGUGAGACUCUAUAAAGUAGCCUCCAUGCCUUUGGGCAUCUUCAGUGUUCAAUCGACCGGCUCCAGAGAAGCUUCGUUAUUCGCCAAAGUGAUUUGUGCCAGCAUUAGUGCCCAUCGCGAGAUCAAUCAUCCCAAAGUGCCCGCGCGUCUGUGAUAAGGCAAAAAUUGUGAGAAAGGAAUAGGUGAAAAAGCCACGAAAUGAUGCGAGCUACAGUGAUCUUGUGCUGUGCAGUGGUCCUAACUGUGUUACUGGUGCAAAGUAGCGAAGCCGCUCCAGCUUAUCAGGUUUUGCAACCGCGAGAAGGCUAUGUUCCAGUGUACAUUCGCUACGGAGAAACACCACUCGAUGAAAUUAAUCCCAAUUUGGCAGCAGCUUUCCAUGAAUAUGGAAUCAGUGCCCGAAAGAUUAAAUCUGGUUUGGAUGAUCAAAUGAUGGGCGAUCAACCACAAACCACUUCAAAUACGAGUGAAGAGUCCAAUGAUACUUCCGAGGAGCACCAGUCCAAACCGGCCAGUUCCUCACCAGCUGCCGGUGGAGAAGUUACGGAUGAAGUGAAACCUGAGGCAGUAAACGAAGUGAAACCUCAAGCACUGGACGAAGUGCAGGCUGAUAACGUUUAAAUAAUGUGACAGAGAGUUGUGUAAUGCAGGGAAAUAACUCUUAAUUGUAGUCUAAAUAUUAAGCACAAAAUCUCCAUUAAAUUGAAUCUCAUACACGACACACCCACUUUACGACUGUAGUUUAAAUUGAAUAUUUUAAUUACAAAAUAAAUGACAAAUAAACUUUCUAAUAUUA